AUGGACAAUCAGUUGCGACUUACAACCACAAUAGAGGACAUUGUAAGUGUUUUAAAUUUUGUUGAGAACACAAAAAUGCAACUUGAAGAUAUGAGGGAAAAUGGUUGGGAUGAUUUUUUCAUGAGUGUGGUAUCAUUUUGUGAACUACAUUGUGUUGAUGUUCCUGAUAUGGGUGGUCGUUAUAUGACGGGCACACGUCGUUCUUGCCAACAAAAAGAUUUUAUUAUAAUUGAGCAUGCCUAUCGCAUUGAUGUAUUUAAUGAUGUUAUAGAUUGCAUGAUGAGGGAGUUAAAUGAUAGAUUUCCUGAGCAAACAGUUGAACUUCUUACUCUUAGCUCAGCAUUGGAUCCGCGUAAUUCUUUCAUGUCAUUCAAUAUUGAGCAUAUAUGUAAACUUGCUCAGAAAUUCUAUCUUGCUGAUUUCCUUCCUCAUGAGUUGAAAGCUUUAGAAGUAGAGCUCAAGUAUUUUCAGAAUGAUAUAAAACGUCUUCCAUGCUUUAAGGAAAUCACUACUCUUUCUCAGUUAUGUCAACAAUUGGCGGAAACAACUUUGGGGGAAAACUACUAUUUGAUUGACAUGUUGGUUCGGUUGGUGUUGACUCUUCCUGUUUCUACAGCAACAACGGAACGAGCUUUCUCAUGUAUGAGAAUUAUUAAUAAUCAACUUCGAAGCACCAUAAGUGAUGAAUUUCUUGGUGAUUGUAUGAUCCUCCACAUUGAAAGAGAGUUUGCCAUUGCUAUUGACAAUGCAUCCAUAAUUGAGGAAUUUAAGAGUUUUAAGCCUCAUCUAGAUGCAUUUGAGGUCAGCUUUCGAAUCUUAGAACCGCCACUGGGGAAGAGGUACUACGGUGAAAAUGUUUUGGAUGCUGAAGAGGCUAAGAAUAUACAAAAGGUUAUUAGGGACGGAGUGGAUAUAUCCAGGGCAACAAAUUUCGGAGACUUUUUUCCGUUCUUACAAUGGAUGGAUAUGACGGGAAUUGAGAAGAAGAUGGUGAGCUUGAUGGCAAAAAUGGACAACUUUUUGCAGGGCUUGGUUGAUGAGUGCCGUGAAAUUUUGUUAGCGACUUGUGGAUCGAAUAGGAAAGAGGUCAAGAAGUUGAUGAUUGAUAAUAUGUUUGCGCUCCAAGAAAGGGAACCCCAAUUCUACACUGAUCAAAUAAUCAAGGGAAUUAUUAUGGUGAUGCUGGUAGCCGGAACUGACACUUCAUCAGCAACCCUAGAAUGGGCAAUGGCGCUGCUGCUAAACCAUCCGGAGGCAAUGGAGAAAGUAAGAGCCGAAAUAGACACCAAGGUUGGACAAGAGAGCGUCCGUUGGAAGAGCAAGACUUGCCGAAGGGGAUUUGAUGUGCCACGUCAUACUAUGUUAUUCAUUAAUGCGUGGGCCAUCCAUAGGGACCCUGAGCUGUGGGAGGACCCUACAAAAUUUAAGCCAGAGAGGUUUGAGGGAUGGAGUGGAGAGGGCUCUGAAGGGUACAAGCUAGUUUCGUUUGGAGCUGGAAGGCGUGGAUGUCCAGGGGCUGGCCUAGCAAGCAGGUUGGUUCGAUUGGCACUGGGAAGUUUGGUUCAGUCAUUUGAGUGGGAGAGGAUUAGUGAAGAGAAUGUGGAUAUGAGUGAAGGUUUGGGGCUUACCAUGCCAAGGGCCAAGCCCUUGGAGGCUAUGUGCAAACCACGCCCACUCAUGCUAGCUUAG